AAGAUGGCUUCCCGUCCCCAGAACAUUGGCAUCAAGGCCAUUGAGAUCUACUUUCCCAGCCAGUAUGUCGAGCAAUCCGAGCUGGAGAAGUUCGAUGGCGUCAGCACUGGCAAGUACACCAUUGGCCUGGGCCAGACCAAGAUGAGCUUCUGUGACGAUCGUGAGGACAUCUACUCCUUUGCCCUCACGGCCGUCUCCAACCUGCUCAGCAAGUACAAGAUCGACACCAACUCCAUUGGCCGCCUCGAGGUUGGCACCGAGACCCUCCUGGACAAGUCCAAGUCCGUCAAGUCCGUACUCAUGCAGCUCUUUGGCGACAACACCAACAUCGAGGGCGUCGACACCGUCAACGCCUGCUACGGAGGCACCAAUGCCUUCUUCAACACGUUGAACUGGAUCGAGUCUUCUGCCUGGGACGGCCGCGAUGGUAUCGUCGUUGCUGGCGACAUUGCCCUCUACGCUAAGGGCAACGCCCGCCCCACCGGUGGUGCUGGCUGUGUCGCCCUGCUGGUCGGCCCUGACGCGCCCAUUGUUGCCGAGCCCGGCCUGCGGGGCUCGUACAUGCAGCACUCGUACGACUUUUACAAGCCCGACCUGACCAGCGAGUACCCUUACGUUGACGGCCACUACUCCAUCAACUGCUACUCUAAAGCCCUGGACGCUGCCUACCGCGCCUACUGCCAGAAGGAGAAGAAGCUGCAGGGCGCCGCCGCCAACGGCCAUGCCAACGGCAACGGUGUCGCUGAGGGCCUUACCACGGUGCCCCUGGACCGUUUCGACUACCUGACCUUCCAUGCCCCGACCUGCAAGCUGGUCCAGAAGUCGUAUGCCCGCCUGCUGUACCACGACUUCCUGGGUGACCCAGAGCACAAGGCGUUCGCCGACGUGCCCCCCGAGGUCAAGGAUAUGGACUACGAGAAGUCCCUGACCGACAAGGUGGUUGAGAAGACCUUCAUGACCCUGACCAAGAAGAAGUUCCAGGACCGGGUCAGCCCGGCUAAUCAGGUCGCCACCAUGUGCGGCAACAUGUACUGCGGCAGUGUCUGGGGUGGCCUGGCCAGCUUGGUCAGCCAUGUUGAGCCAUCGAAACUGGAGGGCAAGAGAAUCGGCCUCUUCAGCUACGGCUCCGGCCUGGCUGCCAGCUUCUGCUCCUUCAAGGUCGUGGGCAGCACCGAGAAGAUCUCGAAGGUCCUGGACAUCCCCGCCCGCCUGGCCGCCAGGAGACAGGUCACCCCUGAGACCUAUGAUGCUAUGUGCGAUCUGCGCAAGAAGGCCCACCUGCAGAAGAACUUCACGCCUCAGGGUGAUGCCUCGACUAUCAUCCCUGGCACCUACUACCUCGAGAAGGUGGACGAUAUGUUCAAGCGGGAAUAUUCUGUCAAGGCAUAAGCUGCCACUUCCCCUGGGAUCAUACAGAGGAAGAAGAACAGAGAGGGAGACGCGCGGUGUGACACACACCCACACACGUCCUGGCCCUUGUCGCAUCGGAUAGAGGCGUCUUUGUUUCGAGAAGAUUCGUCGAUCUCGGCUUUACCUAAAAGAACGGCGGAUGCAUAGAGAUCAUCUCUGUCUCGCCCUCAAAACAAAAGGGGGAACACUGAGGGUGGCGCAUCGAACCCGUGGGGAGACGACGGAUCCUGCUUUAAUAAUGAUCAUGGGCGGUCGCUUGGUGGACAUAUGGCCAGCAUGUAGAUACAUAUCAACGAGAUGAUGUCUGCUGGCACAGCGACAUCUGUACUAGAGUAUAGAGCCCCAUUACGGUAAACACGACUAAGAACCGCUAAUAAAAUCUGUCUUGGAAUCAAGGCGCAGACUUC